ACCCCCAAUCCACCACAACUGUGGCAAUCCGCUCAAAUGCCCCAGCAACAUAAGCAACCGGCUGCCAUGCUUCAGCAAGUGUGGCAUCGGGCACAGAAGCAACCGGCCCCUAUGCCCCAGCAGCCUCACGACGUGUGGUAUCCAGCUAAAAUGGUCCAGAAGCAAGUCUCUGCGGUGACCGCCAUGCCGCAUACGCAUCAGAAAGUAUGGCAUCCAGCUGAAUUUCCCCAGCAGCAGAAGCAACCGGCCUCCACGCCUCUACCGCAGGAGCAACCGACCGCCGUACCCCAGCAAGUGUGGUAUCCAGCUCAAAUGUCACGGCAGCAACCGGCCUCCACGCCUCUACCGCAGAAGCAACUGUCCGACGUGCCUCAGCAAGAGUGGCAACCAGCUCAAAUACCGCAGAAGCAACCGGCUGCUGAACCGCAGCAGAACGAACCGGCCACCAUACCCCAGCAAGUGGGGUAUCCAGCUCAAAUGUCCCAGCAGCGGAAGCAACACACUGCCAUGCCACAGCACCAGCUGACCCCCAUGCCUCAGCAAUUAUGGCAUGUAGCACAAAUGCCCCAGAAGCAACUGGCCCCAAUGUCUCAGCAGAAUCACUACGAAAGCACUGAAGAUGGUGCCUCUAGUAGCACUCAGGCCAGCAUCGUUGAACAGUCUGGUGUCAUCCCAAUCUAUUCCUACAGUUCCAAAUCGCACUACGAGAAUGGCAGGACUGUAUUCUCCCUAACCCACUACACUCCUAGGGAGGCUAUGCCUGUUGAUAGUGGAAAUGCUCCCAAGGACAGUUUUGUUCACUAGUGAAGGAUUCUGCAAGGAAAAUGUAAUGGAUUCAUCCUCUAGAAGCUAAUGGAAGUGUCUGGUGCUCUUGCUACUCCAGCGUGAGGGAGUCCAUGAACAGUUCUACUUUCAAAAAUGCCUGGUGUCUUUGAAAUAAUGGUUCUCGUGUCCAUUGCUUGCUAAUUGAGAACAGGUGGUGUGCAGUCUGUAGUAAAAAUGACUGCUCAGUUCAUUCUUUGGUUUUCUAAUCUUUUACCUUUGCUACUUGUUGUUCAAAAUAAAAGCUUGGGGUGAGUUGUCA